AUGGCUGUCAGUAGAGAGGUUUUGCACGUCCAUUAUACAUGGAUAGUCGAGCAAGGGCGACGGGAAGGACAAGGGCGCAGUGACUUGGAAGUACCUAGCGGUAGUCUGCCGCCCGCGGCCUCAGGUGGGUUGUCGUGGGUAUCGUGGGCCACCGUGGGCACUGGGCUAGAGAGCGGCACGGUUGGGCCCGCGAAUGAUGCCUGCGCCACCACAUCGUUGCACACUAGCCAGCCCGUGCUGCGUCCAGCUGCGCCCCUCGGACCCAGUUCCGUGCCGCGUGUUGCUGUCUUGCCGCCCUCACGUGACUAUAGCCGGUUCCCGAGUGCCCGCCAGGUCCUUGUGGCUGCCUCCAUCUGUUUCUGGCAUGUUUCGCGCAGGCGGCACUCUGCACGCCCAACCGCCAUUUCACACUUUCAACUCUAUCGUGGGGCCUGGCGGAGCAGUCGGCGCCCCCACGUUGAUCCGUCGUCAUCGUGUGUGUGUGUACUGCUAGUACCAUCUCUCAAAUUGGCUUGGAUGCUCCAUGGCGCAGUUGCUGCCCCGCAUCCAGACGUGGAAAAAGGCACGAGUAGCAAGCGAGCAUUUUCGCACCAUGUUUCCACUUCAGGACCCGACCUGUUGCGUGUGCGUGGUAGCAUGUACCCAGACCUAUUUGCGUCACCUUGA